UUUGUACUUGAGAUAGAAGAUUACGUUUUGAAAUGCAAAAUAUUUGUCGGGUCGGCUUUGAGAAAUGUCAUUGAAAGCAAAAGUUGCGCACUCGCCUGUGCAAUGCGGGAAUGGAAGGAUACAUAUUGAUGAUAAAAGAGAGCGACGUUAAGAACGUUCCAGGAGGAGGGGCGGAAGUGACUGGGGGCCACGAAUCUCUCCCUGCACCAGCAGCAGUGGACGAGGACAAGGACGGGGCCAAUUUUCCAGAAUCCACUGCCGAACCUGCCGAGAUUUCUGAUUCCGUGCUGGACGGGAAGAAUAUGUGGGCCUUGAAUUGCAUUUUCUGCCCUUCCAAAAUAAUGCCAGCAAAAGUGGCGUCAUAUCAUGUGGAGGAAAGGGCACUGCCUAAAAUGAAACAGAAGAAAGCUCUGAGUGAGGGUUUGGAGGUGGAGCCUCUGUCCCGAUGGUUCAUGGUUUCGGAUGUGAUGAUGUUCGACAACAUUGGUGUUUCUAACGCCGUCGGCGACAUCAAGUACUUGACGUGUGCGGACUGCGAAAUGGGCCCCGUUGGUUGGACGGAUCUCUCCAAUAAAAAGUGUUACAUUGCUCUAGCCAGAGUUCGUGAGACGUAGCUGAACGAUUCCACUUCACCGAAUGUCUGUUAUACCUGCUUACAUUGUCAGUCAAAUUCAAAUUUCGCUAUUAUUUUUUGUAUGUGAUUUUUUUGUGAGCAUAUAUGUAAUUAAUUUUACUAUAUUUGCAUUAUUGCAACAUACAGGGUGUAACAGAUGGAAGUACAGCUAUCAAUAACUAAAUAUGAUUGCCCACGAUCUUAAUACUAGUAUUAUUUAGAGUCCAGAUUGCUGAAAUUGUAGAAUGAUAACUUCAUAUGUCAGUAACCCGCUGAUUAAUGUGACCAAGAAGCUUUUCGUAAUGGUGAAAUAGCCGCAUCCAGAUAAAGAUACAGGAUCGUUUAUGAGUUGUGAAAUGAACCUUGUAAUCUAAAUAAAUAAAAACCUUUAUGUCAUCAUAUUC